UCAUGAAAAUAAAUGACGUCACGUGUGGACGCCAUUUUAGGUGAGGAGUUGUCGUUUACGUUUCACAAAUGAACAAUAUUUGAAGGAUAUCGGUAAAUGCCAACUGUGCACACAGAUCAGGCAGGCACUGCAUUUAUCAGAGAAACGUGUCUGGUGUGUUUCAAGCGAUAAGAUGACCAUUCUGCCAAAGAAGAAACAGUCAAAAGAUAAGUCUGAUACGGAAACAACCGACCACUCGCAUACAGCAACGCACAACCAUUCUCACAGCCACAACCAUUCACAUUCUCACUACCAUCACGCGAACGCCAGUGAAACAAGACACGAGAAAGGUGCUAGAGGAAGAACUUCACCUACAAGAUGGCUUCCUUCAACGUCAAGGGAAGAAAAAGUUCCAACUCACGAUCCUGGUGGUGGGACUUUCGAGAACCAUGAAAGUUCGUCGUUGACAUCGUCGCAUAAUAAACGGCGUCAUCGCUCGUCACCACACAGGACUGUCAGGAAGCACAGGGGUCAUUCCGCGAAUGUACCCCCUCUUUCCCCACACAGUCCAACAGAAGGACCCUCCCAGGAAUGUGAAGACCCAUACAAUAGUGAAGAUGAACACAGUCCACCCACUCUGCCGGAGGACAUCAAGGAGCUGGAGAGGUGGUUUGAAAAUGCCAUGAAAGAAAAGAAAGGUUUUCUUAUAAAGAAGAUGAAGGAGGAUGGUGCUUGUUUAUUCAGGGCAGUCGCGGACCAGGUUUAUGGAGACCAGGAAAUGCAUUCUUGUCUACGCAAACACUGUAUAGAUUAUAUGAAAAAAAAUGCUGAGUUCUUUUCUCAGUAUGUUACUGAAGACUUUACGACAUACUUGAACAGGAAGAGGAUAGAGAGUUGUCAUGGAAACCACCUUGAAAUGCAGGCCAUGUGUGAACUGUUCAACCGACCAAUAGAGGUCUACCAGUACAGUAUUGAGCCAAUCAACACGUUUCACAGUGCCUACAAGACAGACAAUGAGCCAAUCAAGAUAAGCUACCAUGGUGGUGUUCAUUACAACUCAGUUGUUGACCCAUACAAGGCUACAAUUGGUGUUGGCUUGGGACUGCCAGGGCUGCAACCAGGACUUGCUGACAAGAACCAGAUGAAAGAUGCCGUGAAGAUGUCUGAGAACACCCAUAUAGAGAAGACCAUGCUGGAGGAUAAGAUCAGGGAAACAGACUGGGAGUUGACACAGGAGACCAUUGAGGAACAGGUGGCACGGGAGUCCUAUCUACAGUGGCUCAAGGAACAGGAGAAACAGGCUAACAGACAGGGAGGGGCCCGUUCAGCCAGUGCCACAUGUAGCUCAUCCAGCGAAUACAGCCACAGUCUUUACGAGUCGGCUGGCUCCCCAGAGACACGUGGGGGUGGACGGUCACCACGAGUCCGUAGUGGACAGAACUCCUCCCAGAACAGUCCCCAGAGGCUAGAUGGGGUGGACAACAGCCUGCCUCAUGUGGCCAGUCCCAACAUGCCAACUGCUGGAUGUUCCCAGUCUCCGAAGAUGGAGCAGUCCCUCUUGCCUAACAUAGCGGACAUCGAGGUGCCGGGCGCAGUUGGAGGAAGCUUUGAGGAAACCACUUCCAUUAUGAAUCAAAUUCCCCCUUCCAUGCUAGGUCUGUCAGAAUGGGAUGAAGAUGACAUCCUGGCACAGGUGAUGGCUCAGUCCCAGCAGGAGUACCUGGACAGUCUCAAGAAGCACAACACCCCAGCCAGCCAGUCCCCUAUCCUACCCCCAUUGGAGGACAUUGCCAGCUGCAGCACGCCUGGUCUUAGUGAAUCCUUCCAUUAUGACCACCCAAGCUAACACAUGACCCCACCUUUAUCAUAGCCUAUUGUUAUACUCUAUCUCUCUCUCUCUCUCUCUAUACACACAACAAACAAGUACUCAGUGCUGUAGUGGUGGGGACAUGGGGUUCAAGCUGGGGGUUCUGUUGUGUAACUGACAUAUUCCUUGUACCAGUGUUCUGGGAAGACGUCCAACUGAUGCAUUAAAAACUGCAAGAGUUAAAUCUGUUCUUGAGUAUGUGUAAGUAAAAAGUAUCAGGGUGAUACUGCAGUUGAUGCUGCUCUGUAUAUGUUGUUAAACCUAAAGACUUGUGCCCACAUGUAAGGAGGAAGUUUCUUACAUGUGAGUGUUAUUACAUAUUACAUUAACGGAUGCUGAUGUCAGUGUCAAUCAGAGCUUAUGUCAUCUCUAAAGGCUAAGUUUAAGUUCUUUUCUGUUUUGAUGUUUUGAGUUUAUGUCAAGUUUUUCUGAGUUUUUGUUUUCUUUCUUAUGUUAUGUAAGUUAGAUAAAAUAUGCUCAUCGAUGUUGAGAGAAAAUUAUCUAGAGAGCACAUGUAUGGGCUGUACUGUUUAGUUUCAGGUUUAAGGGGGUCUUUAAAUGGUCAGCAGGUCUGCGUGGGAGUUGUCUGUACCCUUCAAGAACUACUUAAUUUGCUGCCAUUGAGCAUGAAGUGCAGUGCUGGUGAAGCUUGUAAUGGUGGCAUGUGUUCCUGAUGAUAAUACUGACUGCAGCAGUGUAGGGAGCUUGGUUUGAGGAUGUGUUCCUGAUGGAUGUUGUGGCUGCAGCGGUGUUUGGAGCUUGUGUUAGGGUGCUGCAGUGUUUGGAGCUUGUAUUUGUAGGUGUGUUGCCUUGCCCCACUGGCUCAAGGAAAUCUUUGUGCUAAACCAUUAUAGGUUUACAUUAGAAGGUUACAAGAUCUUAGCACUAAUUCAUUUUGUUUAAAUGGGUCAAGAGAAUUUGAUGUGACUGUAGCAGUGUAACGGAGCUUGUAUCAGGAACAAUGUUCCUUGAGUUUGGGGUCAAGGGCAGCAGUGUUUGGAGUUUACAUAUCAAGCAAAUUUACGGCUGCCCUCCCCUUCCCUACAGUUUCAUCACACUCUUGCAACAUUCAUCACACUUACACUCCAAUAUAUUUAUGUUAAGUAAAUUAACUUUAUGCAAUGGUUUUUGUCUUUUUUGUGUGUUUUGUCAGUUGUCUUUUCAUGCAAAUUUCUCAAUACAGCUUUUUCUUAAGUGGCAUUUUCAGCAAUAAGAACUUGUUCAGAGCACAAGUUGAAUACAAUGAUUUGAUUGUGGGUAACUGUAAAAGUAAAUUCGCUUGUAGGAAGUUUGUAAGGAACAUUCAUGAUGAACAGACAUAAGGGUUUUCAGCCAUGUUAUUUUGCCUGAAGUUAUCAGCCCUAAAUUGUGUUGUGAAAAUCAAUGAGGUAUGUAAUCUGGGUGGUUGUGCUUUCUAUAGUUAUUAAAGGGUACAAAAUCUUGCUAAAAGUUGGUACUUGUGUAGGCUACAGUUUGUACAUUCUUACUGUCUCAAUAACUUCUGAAAGACAUAAUUUGUACUGCAUAAUCCAAUUUUCAGGAAUGGACAAGGUCUGUAACCAGGUUUGAUGUGUUGGGUUUUACAAAUCUUUUGAAAACUGAGUUCAAGGUCAGUGAUUGAACUGACUAAGGGGAAAGGUAUGAGUCUUGAGGUCAUCUCACUAAAGGGGUAUUAUGUUAUAUAAACUCCACAAUCAUCCAACAGUCAGUGGGUAUUCUGUAACCUGUUGUAUUCAUCAGCCAGAGGGUGUUGUAUAACCCAUUGUAUUCAUCAGUAAGUAGUCAUUAUAUGGCCUUAGGGGUCAGAUGUCUAUAAACAAGUGUGCAGUGGACCCUGUCCAAGGGUAGUUAUAUCAGUCAGAUCGGCUCAAAAUAAAGUGGGGGGCAGACCUUUAUCUGAAGCAUGUGGCAGGACUCGUGUAAAAAAAUCUACAUGCUCAUGAUAAUUGAUAUUUAAACCUCUGUUAUCAACAAACUGCUAAUAAUCGCUAUAACAGUUGUGUAUUCUAUGCAUCAAACUAGUGAUAUUAAUAGUUUUCUAAAAAAAAAGCAUCAUUUUUAUUAUAUUUAUAUUUCAUUUCUGAAGAAAUGACACAUUGAAAUAAAUAUUAACUGUUCUCCAUACACCUUCAGGUAUGUUCAAGUUGUUGUACAGGAUGUGAUUGUUUGAACUGUUUACCAUACAACUUAUUCAGAAGUGUGAGAUCACAUUGGUAUGCUUGUAUUUGGAGGCGUUCAUAGAAAUGUCUUUUUGUUUAGAAUAUUUUCACUACGCAUACAGACAAGAGCUGGACAACUCACUGAGAUCGAAGAUCUGUUGAUAAUACAUCCCCAUCAGAAAGCGUAUUGUGAACUAGUGUCGAAAGUGCUGCAAUUUUCUGUGCAGGGCUGCAUCCUUGGGUACUCUAGGAACUCAAGUCAUUUGUCCAAUAUUCCUCCUGAUUGUUUCGUUGCAUACCCUUGCUUGUUGCUUUCACCAAAGUACAAAAUGAAAGAACUGCCUUACUUCCAGGCUUUUCCUCCCUUCAAGCUGGCAUAUCUGGAGUACUGUUCAAAGCGACAAACAACUCACUCCUCUGACUUAACAUUGGUCCUUGUCACAGAUGAUCACAAAUCAAGGUUUGUCUGAACCCUCAUCAGUCCUUCAACUGUUUUGCAUCGCCACACAGCUUCCAGGAUAACAUCUCAUGGCUUAUUGCUAAUGGGAUUCUCUGUCUCCUCAGCUUGCAAAACCAAGAUUUUACUUCUUGUCAGCCUUGUCUUUACUUUCAUGGUAUUGUGUGUCUUUGUUUGGAGAAAGUGAUAGUUUUGGCAAUGAUUUUAGGUGUUUGUUGUUUGGUAUCUUAUGCAUCAGAGAAUGGCCUUUAGCCAGGGAUGGGGCAGUGUGGUAGCCUAGUGGUUAAAGCGUUUGCUUGUCACGCCAAAGACCCGGGUCCGAUUCUUCACAUGGGUACAAUGUAUGAAGCCCAUUUCUGGUGUCUCCCUCUGAUAAUGCUGGAAUAUUUCUAAAAGCGGCAUGAAGACAUACUGCUGCUGAUCAGUGGCAUCAUUACAGGCACAAUCUCAUGGAAGAGAUACAUCCAAGGCAUUAUCUAAAGGAGAUCGUCAUUGGCUUUAGCACCAUACAGUCUUGCUCUUGUUCAGAUGACAGACACACAAAACAGAACGUGUAGCAUGACAUGCAGGUCAGACAUUUUUUUUAUGCUGGUUCUUGUAUGAAAGCUGUUGUAGGUGCACACUUUGAGAAAUGAGAAUAUGUUUCUGUUUAUAUUUAUGCCAGGUUGUGACAUGAAUGGGAGUAGUGGUGACUGAGAUAACCUUGGGAUAGGCAAGUAAAGGAAGCAUGUUGCACUAUCUGCCAGAAUUUAUGCUUGUCAAGGGACACAGACUCAGGAGUCUCGGGCCGGGAAGUUUUCUGAACAGAAUUACAUUCUUAUGUCUGCAAAAAUCUGAUUGUUUUUUUAUACCAAUUUCUACCUGAUUGUGCUUCAACAUCAGCACAUUCCCAUGCUAAUGGGUUUCACCAAACUAGUUAAUGUCCAUAUUAAGUGACAGACUAUGAUAUGACCAAAAUACUGUUAAAGAUGUAUCUGACCAAAAGUAUUCACUUGCUCACUGUUCCUAGUCCAAGUUUCUGUGACUGUAACCUUGGUUCUACUUGCCUGGUCAUUUGUGUGCAUUGUGUGGGGGUAAUGUUAGAUGGAUGUGUUGAACAUUAUUGCUGGUUCUUCUGGUAGAUACCUGCACUGUGAUAACAUUGAUUAUAGGGCAGAAUCAAAUGUGUUGGACAGACAGGACUCUCAGAAGGUUGUAGUAUCAGUAGCAAUGAUAUCUUUAUGAUGUCCUAAGGUUGAACAACUGAAACAUCUAUGUCACAUCCUAGGAAGCCUUUGUCUUCAUUUCAAGUUGUUACAGAUAAUUUCUAUCAAUUUAGGUGUUUUCUGUAAGUUUUUCUGUCUUAUAUUUAUAUGGAUUCUAUCAAUUUCCCUUGAGACAAACAGCACAAGUUUCUGUAAACGAAAGUUGACCAUUAUCAGUAGGUGUAUUUGUUUCACUUGUAUGUAUGGUGGGGUGUAGGUGGAUCUGACUUUUUAGUGUUUGAUUGUAAUUAUAGUUGAUUCUUGAAUGAUAUUUCCCGCUGAGCAAAUUAUCUAAGUUUGAUGAUUAUCAAAUGUAAGGAUGCUCUUUGUUCAUAAAUGAUUAUUUUCCCAAUAAACUGUGAUUUUAUUUCAAAUGAGUGCUAUGCAUCAGACUGAUGAUUAGUUUUAGUUUGUACUCUGUUGCCCUCAGUUCAUCCUCUUCCUCCUGAUCCGACAGAGCUGUAGCCCUGGACCUGCUGAACAAACAGUUUGUGCCCAGCCACAGGUGAUAACUGGCCCUUUGAAUGAACACCAAACAGUGAUAAGUGAUGGUGUCUGCUAUUUUCACCUUCUGUCAAAACAAAGCCUUUUUAUUUGCCAUUUUGUUUAAGGUGCAAGAUCUUAUUCACCUGUGUCCCGAUCAACAAAGCAUUCUUAACGCUACGACAUUCGUAAGUGAAUGGUAGACUGUAGAGUUACAACCGGUCAAAAUAUUAUGAAUGCUUUGUGGUUCGGGACCCAGGUAUUUUUUUAGCAAUCAGGAUUAAGACAAUAGCUUUUUUAUGCACGUGUUCACUGACAAGCAUGUUAAUUUAAUGCAGAAUACACACCAUCACCAUUCAUGAGAGAUGAAAUUCUUCAUAUAAAGACUGGUUUUAAAUAAAAUAUGCAAAGUGUCAGAUAAAUAAACUUUCUCUUUAUGUGAUGCAUGUGAUACAUGUAUCAACCAUGGUUUAAGUACCCAUGUGAUAAGCAUGAUGGUGGACACUUGGAAGGAUGGAGGAUGUGACUUCAGGGAGACUUGCUUUGUUUUGUUGUUUGUUCUCUGUGACAAUGGGCAUGCAGUCAGGUCAGUCAGGUGGAGUUAUGUCUCUUUUCUGGAGGAGGAUCCUGGCCUUAUCUGUAGCCCAGGUACCAUUGCUUCCUGCCAUGCUGCAGUCUGUGUGGCAGGCAGUUUCUCACUGUCCAGGUCAACAUAGCCUUAGUUGCAAAUAAACUAUGACUUGCAAAUUA